AUGGGUUCGAAGAGUAAAUUCAAAGAGAAAUUAUCACCUCCAGGUGCAACACCAAUCAUACAGAAACCAACAGAUCAUAUCAAAUCAGAAUCAAUAACUUACUUUAAAAAGUAUAUGAAGAUUGCAUCAAGUAUUCAUUUUAGACAAUGGACCGAAGCUAAUGACCCAAGAGAAAGAGAACCUUUGAUCCAAGAUAUAAGAAGACUAGUCUCACAACUCCCCAAACCAAUCAUCAUCGAAAGUUUAAAAGAUGUAAUCAUGUCUUAUGGUGAUGCAAGUAUUGAUGAAAUUAUAAAAGAAGAUGAUAUGAAAAUACCCAAAUUUUCAAAAAUUGAACCAUUAAUCUCAUAUUUUUUAUUCUUUGGAGUUCCAAGAAGACAAUUACAAUUAAACGUUGUGGUGAAAUUGAGAGAAUUGAUUUCAUUUUCCCCAAUUUUUGAUAAAACUCUUUAUUAUGAAUGGAAAAUGUUUAUGUUAAAUAAUUCUCAUUAUUUAAGUUGUGAACCAACUCCAUCAAUAUUGAAUUUGAUUAUAAUUGCUGGCUAUUUUAACCCAUUGAAAAUUCAAUCAAGGUUAUUAGAUUUACAAUAUAAUGAAGAAUUAAUCAAUGAUUUAUCAUUAGAAAGAUUAGUUACCAAGAUUGAAGGUUAUAUAUUGAAUGAAUUUGUUGAUUUUUUGGUUGAUGAUGAAUCUAUUGAUACUUAUAGACCAUUGAUGUUACCUAUGCCCCCUGUGCGUCCACCUCCACCACCUUUACACCCACAUCCCACAACUCUUGCCAUGGUUCCAAGUUCCAAAUCAAAUCAAUCCGAUAUUUCUCAUCAAUCACCACCACUGGAAGAGGAAGAAGAAAGGCAACCAGGACAAACUGACUACAAGAAAGAGUUGACUUCUGCUGGUGAUAAAAUUAACAAUACUUCAGAAAAAUUAAAUCCAAUUGAAAAUGUAAAUAAAACACCAGUUCAACCCGUCACACCAAAUAUACGGACACCAAUUUAUAGAGAAGCCUCCACUCAAACUUCAAGAUAUGUUCACACAUCCACUCAAACUGAUGAACCUAUACCAAAACCUAAAAUCCCAACAAGCAACAAGCAACGACCAUUUAAAUCUUUUGCAGAAAGCUUCAACGAAGCUCUUCCGAAAAAAAACAAACAUUCAAAAUUGGAUCCUCUUUCAAGAUUGGAUAGCAAUUUAUCGUCAGAUGUUCAAGAUAUACCUUCAUCAUAUUCUGGAAAAUUUACAAAAUAUAAAGUAUUACCACCAAAUCCCAAACAACCAUUAAGUUUGAAACUGAUGUCUCAACUACAAAAAACACAACCAUUAACCUCACCUUCAAUCAAUAAGUUUGACCAAAAAUCAGCCGAUCCACAAUUAACAUUAUCACCACCUAAAGGAACAUUUUCAAUGAAUAGCACACCUACAACAACUAAUAAGUCAAACAUCACCAAUCCCAAACCCACAACAACUAAUGAAGUGAAUACAAAUGAACCUAAAAAUAAUAUAAAUGCUUCACCACCAAGCCCCGAAUCACUACGGCUAGCUUCAGUAUCAAGUGAUAAAACAAUACCAUCGAAAAGACCACUUGAAGAACCAUCAUCAUCAUUAUCAUCAUUAUCAUCAUCAUCACCAUCAUCUUCACAAUUUUUAAAAAUUGAACGUUCAUUAGUGGAAAAACUAGAAAAGCCUAAAGUUACAGCUUUUAACCAUCCUAAAAGAAAUCAAAUCAAAGAGAUCUUGAGCAUGAAUAGAAAGGCAAAAGGCUAUAUAGUAAAAGUCAGAUUUGAAGAUGAUGAUACUGAAUGGUUUAGAUAUUUCGAAAUGAAAAAACUCGCACCAAAAAUGAUUGAUGAAUUUUGUUUAAAAACUGGAUUAUUCCCCAAAAAUGAUUAA